AUGUUCAUGUAUGUGUGUAUAUAUAUAAAGCUCCCGACGCGGGCUGGGCUGAUAGUGCCACCUUCCCCACGAAGAUGAACGGACUAAACCAGUUGGUGUUGGUGAUAUUGGUUGUUGCUGCAGCCUGUGAGGCGGGCAUGUUCGGAGCGGGUAACGUGAUGUCUCGGAGGUACCCUAAUGGACCCACGGAGUUUCAUGAUAUGAAAGUACCCAUCUACGGCCCCAGCACGACUCAACUGGGUGCUCGCCCCGUCGUCGCCGCCAGCCCGGCAGGUGGCUCCUCCGUCGGCGUGAGGACGGUCGCCUGGCCCGUGGCGAGGCCCGGCCCCUUCAGGUGGUGGGAGAGACAGAGACCCAACGCGAUCUUUAGAAACUCCUACUAUGGGAAUUACUAAUACAAAAUAUUUUAUAGUUUAUAGCACAAAGAGCCUAAACGUUCUCCGUGCUAUAACACUGGAAUAUAACACGUUGUGAGGGAGGUUUCAGUCUCUUAAUGAAACAUUCUCCAGGCUGGGAGCUCCCUACUUCCACCCAAGUUCUCCAUAUUAUUCUACCAGACUAAAUGUACAGUUAGAUGUUCUUCAAGUCAAGAACGUAGCCUCGUCUAGCUCAACCUGAACAGUAUAUCAACUUCAUCUACUACUCAGACAACAGCUACUGCUCCAGCUACUGCUAGAGGCGUGACUACUGUUUACAUGACUGCAGAAGUGACAAUGAGAGAAGAUACUUCACCGUGUUUAACAGCAGACAUUAAACGAUAAUUCUAAAUAAUAAAAAUGUAUAAACCCAA